AUGUCUGAAGAAGGAUCCUCCUCUCGCAAGCGCCCCUACGAGUACGCGCCUGCAGCUGAUGUACGCCCACGCAAGAUCAACGUACAUGCCGGCAAACGUACCGUCGACAGAAUGAUGAAUACGCCUUUCCUCUCUCCAGCUGAAGCAGAAGACUAUCUAGCUUCGUUACAGCCUGUGCAGGUCAGCCCACAGCAGCAGCAUGAACAGGACAAGUGGCACUUCCUUGCAUCUGCGGGAAGGGCGCCGCAGCACAAGCGUUUGCUCAAGGGGCUCUCAUUCAUCAUUGAGGACUUCAUCUUCAUCUUCAAGAACUUCAAGGCAGAUGCACACUUCUAUGGGCAAAUCAAAGCAGCAGCUGAUACUGUUCCCAAGACAGGACAGCUCGAGGACGGUUUACUAGCUAAGGACAUGCGAGCAGGCUUUGCCACACUCAGCAAGAUGACACGCGCAUACCUGCAUGCCCGAGGACCGACGCUUGCAUCCAUGUCUGACGAGGCUCUCCAGAUACAGCUUGUCGUUGUGACGCUCAGUACGCUUGCCUGUCACAUUGGCGAUGUCACUGUCGCUGCUGGUCAACCUGACGAUGCAUGCCUGUUGCUUAGUGACAUCAAGAUCAAAGUGCCUGCCCCUUUCAAAGCCAACCACGAUCUUUCAAAGGUGACUACUUUCGUUGAGCCGAGGGCACCCGAGGGACUGAAGCUUCGAGGUACAGAAUGGGUCGUACCAGUCGCGUUCUUGCCGACACAUCCGCAUGCUUGCAUGCUCUCACUUCUACUCGAACUGGCAUCGCGUCGUGGUGUGGUGGCUCCUGGUGGGAAAGAAUCGGUCUUGAUGGCAGCGUCAAACACUGCAGAUGGCUUUGUGCAAUGGUGCCGUGACGAACCAGUCUUUCAACAAAAAGAUGGUAAAGCAGCACGUCGCCAACACUUCGUUACAGGCUUGAAGGACAUGAUCAAUGUCAGCGGUGUGCAAACUGAACCGACAUUCCAUGCCUUCCGUCGCGGUGCCACGCGCGAUGUCAAACACUUGCCUCAAAGUACCCUCGACGCUGGUGGAUUUACCAAGGCCCAGACUCGCCAGGUCUUGUUCCACAGGCACACUCCAGAAUUUCUUGGUACUACGGAAGGCUAUGGUGGCUCACCUACGCUGCCAAUCAUGCCUCUGCGAGCAAUGCACUGUGAUAUCGAUCUGCUUCGCUUGCCGUUCGAGUCCGCAAAGAUAAGUGCCCAAUUGCAAGUAGAACCGGACUUGACGGCACUGCCAGAAGAGCUGUCUGGAAAGGAUACGGAUGACUUGGAGAGCCUGUUUGAUGAUUGAGAGCAUGGCGAUCAAUAGCUGGAUUUUCCAGAAGUUUGUGUAGUCAUUUUGCGUGCCACCGCGGAUGCUAAGGUAUCGAAUUGGCUCGUUCUCAAUCUUCCAGCCACGCCAGGCGUUGCGUCUUAAUACGCGGAACGUGCGGAUCGGAUGGAAGAAGCUCUUUGACGCACUAGCCUUGCUGGCGCUUGCCUUCUCAUACGCCUGCACUGCUUCCAGGAGACAACCAGGAGCCUACUAUCCAAAUAGUCCUGUGAAGCUUGAUUGACC